AUGAGAUAACAAUUUUCAAAUAAAUCCUUCAACAUUUCAAAUGCUUCUUUUUACAUUUCAAUAGCCUUCAUUAUUGUAAUUGAAUUUUAUUCUCUAUAUCGCUUCUCAGUUAUUUGCAAAUCAAAUCAGGUUGCCAAGACUGAAAUAGGUUUAUUAAUCAAAAUAAUUUUUAGGCUUUUUUGGAGUUUUCAGAGACCAUUCAGAUUCAUAAUGGGGAGACUUUGCUGCACAUUUGACAGAAUUAAUGACUUUUUAAAUUCUUUUUUUAAUAGGCUCAUAUACUGUUAAAUACUAAAGCAAAGAGGAAAAUAAAUUAAGGAAUUUAUAAUGUUAUAAUAUUUGUUUAGGAUUGAGUUACGCAUUCUUUUUGCAUAAUAUUGGGAUGGUCUUUUAGUUAGCUAUAAUCAUAGGUUAUUAUUUAUUUUAAAAAGUAAAGAAAUUCUUAACUUACUAUUAGAUAUUUUUCAAAAUGAAAUAUUUCAUUCAUAUAUUGUGGACUCUAGCAUUAUUGACUCUAUGGACAAAUGAAAUAUAUUCAGGGUAUUCAUUUACAAUGAUAUCACCAACUUUACAAUUCUUAGAUACUUAUAAAAAUAGCAAUUAAUUAUUAAGAUGGAACAUUGUGUUCAACAUGAUUUUAUUGAGAAUUAUCAGCUUUUCUGUUGAUAAGGUUUGGGCUUAUAAAUAAGAUAUCAAAUUUAAGUAAGCUUUUGAGAAAUAAUAAAGAUAUGAUUUAAUACAUGAAAAACCUGAAUUUACAACAUAUCGAGCUAGAGUACAAGAACCUUAACCUUUGAAAGAAUAUAACUUUCUAGGUUAUCUUAGCUUUUUAUUUUAUGUUCCAUUACUUUUUUCAGGCCCAUCUAUAAGCUUUAAUGCAUUUAAUUCUUAAUUGAAAAUUCCACAAUCACAAAUGAAUCGGGCAUAAGUCCUAAAAUAUAUUUUAAGGGUUUAUUUGAUAGAUUUAUUGACUUUUGAGAUUUUUUUACACAUUUGCUAUCCUAAUGCUCUUCCUAAAAUAGCAGAUAAUUAAAAAAUUUUGAAAACCUUUUCUGUUUUUGAAUUUCAUAUAAUGGGUUUCACAAAUCUCAUAUUUUUAUGGUAUAAAUUUCUCACAAUUUGGAGAAUUGCAAGGGGAUGGGCUUUGCUUGAUGGUACUUAAUUUUCUAUAAUAGGAAUUGAAACACCUGAAAAUAUGAAUAGAUGCAUUUAUAAUAAUUAUAAUUUCAGUGGAUUCUGGAGAUCUUGGCAUAGAAGUUUCAACUAAUGGCUUAUUAGAUAUAUAUAUGUUCCUAUGGGGGGUAAUAAAUAUAAAUCUUUGAACAUUUGGGUUGUUUUUACAUUUGUCGCUUUAUGGCAUGAUUUUAAAUUAGAUCUUUUACUUUGGGCUUGGAUCAUUUGUUUGGCGCUUAUUCCAGAAAUAGCUUUGUAAAGAUAUUUUGAUAAGGAAUAUUUCUAUAAAAAGCCAUGGUUUAUAUGGUUAUGUAGAUUAGGUGGAGGAUUCCAAAUUGAAAUAAUGUGCUUAGCUAACCUUAUUGGAUUUGGUAAUGGACAUGAAGGGAUGGAUGUAAUUCUUGGAAAAUUUAUGAGUUGGGAAGGCUUGCUGUGCUUCUUUUUUUAUUGUGUUAUCAGAAAUGGAUUUAUAACAACAAUACAAUUUAGGAUAAGAGAUGAUGAAAAAGAGGAAUAAAAUGAAAAAAACUUUUGA